UUUUCCUGAGCAUGUGACACCAACGGCCCAAUGGCGCACCCUUGGCUUUUUUUGUCCAAUUGUGGGGAGCAGUUAAACUUGUUGUCUGGCUAGGGAGAAGCUUUCUGUGGGCCGCCACAACCACAAACCCAGUCUGCUACUGGUCACGGCUCUCUAGGCACCAGAGACGAGUGAGAUAAAGAUAGACAGAGGGAACCAAAAGACUGCAAGAGGGGGAGGGAGGGCGAUGAGAGGACGUGUUGAUGUCACCAUGUGAAUCAGCCAAAUCGCCCGAAAAAAACCACAGCGACGCAUUUGUGCUUCUUCUCUUUUACACAAGGGUAAGCAUCAGUCAGCCACAGGCUGACUGCCUAUCGCAACCUUUGUGAAACAUGCACAGAACAACAGGACAGAACCGCCCGAACAAUACCACUGGACCGGCACAGGGUGACCAAGGUUUCCAGGGUGUGGAUGUGUACUGGCAAAACCGCGAACCCUUAAAAAUUCGGGAGCAGAUCAAGUUAGAGGCAUUGGAUUCGGGCGAAGACGACGACCUUACUCUGGAAAAGCAGCAAACGCUUACGAUGGCCUCCAACAGCAUCUUUGAAAGCUUGUCCUCGUACCAGUCUUGCUUUGCCAGGGAACCUGUGCCUGGGCGACGCUUCACGCCUCCCUCGACCACCUUGAGCUCGGGGAAGAUGAAUGAGGGGUUGCCCCUGGGGGCUCAGGAGGGCAGUGGCGCCGCUCUGGUGGGCAAACUACGCAUAGCUGACCGAAGCAUGGUGGAGGUGCUGUCGGACCACCCAGGAGAGCUGGUGCGCACUGACAGCCCCAACUUCCUCUGCUCUGUCCUGCCCACACACUGGCGCUGUAACAAGACCCUGCCCAUUGCCUUCAAGGUGGUUGCCCUCAGCGACAUCCCUGACGGCACGGUAGUCACAGUGAUGGCCGGAAAUGACGAAAAUUACUCUGCAGAGCUUCGUAACGCCACCGCUACUCUCAAGAACCAAGUGGCCCGAUUCAACGACCUGCGAUUUGUCGGCCGCAGUGGAAGAGGAAAGAGCUUCACUCUGACCAUCACCGUCUUCACAAACCCUCCUCAGGUGGCCACAUAUCAGAGAGCCAUAAAGAUAACGGUGGACGGACCAAGAGAGCCACGCCGUCACCGUCAGAAGCAGGAAGAAGCUGUAAAGCCCAGUGCAUUAGCUUUCUCUGAGCAGUUGAGGCGAAGUGCCAUGCGGUGCAGUCCACACCACGGCCCCACCCUCAACACACCCCCCUUCAGCAGCCCCGCCCACAGCCAGAUUUCUGAUUCUAGACAGAUGCAAACAUCUCCGUCCUGGUCUUAUGAGCAGUCAUACCCGUACCUGGGCCCCAUCUCCACCCCAACUGUUCACCCGACGACACCCAUAUCACCCAGCCGCAACGCCAUACACUGUCCUGAUCUGACUGCGUUCACUGACCCACGUGUGGGCCUGGAGCGCACAUUUCCGUCCCUGCCCUCUCUACCUGACGGGCGUUUCUCAGACCCACGUGUGCCCUACCCCACCGGCGCAUUUACCUACACCCCAACCUCCGUCACCAAUGCUAUCGGCAUUGGUAUGUCCGCUAUGACGACCGCUGCUGGACGUUAUCACACAUACUUACCGCCCACGUACCCCUCGGGGUCAUCCCCGGGUCAGGGAGGACCCUUCCAGGCGAGUUCUUCACCCUAUCACCUGUACUACAGCAGUGCUGCUGGGUCGUACCAAUUCUCCAUGAUGCCAGGAGGAGGCGGCGGCGAGCGGUCACCACCACGAAUCUUACCGCCAUGCACCAACGCCUCCACAGGCUCCGCCCUACUGCACCCCUCUCUGCCAAAUCAGAGCGAUGUCGUCGUGGAGACCGAAGGGAGCCAUAGUAGUUCGCCAACUAGCAUGUCAGUUGAAGCCGUGUGGAGGCCAUAUUGAAAACUAAGACACUUUUGCAGGUUGACGGACAGUCAGUUGACCAAUAGGACGUGGGCAGCUUAACAAGGUGGUUUCUGAUUGGAUUAAAGGAAUGGAAGGACUGACUUUUGUUUUUAACAGCACAGCAUGAGACUCGUUAGUUUUUCUAAAUAAAUUUGUGGAUAGUUUGUAUUGUUAAUAAUAUUGUCAUUGUAAUUUUUAUUAUGAUUGUUUUAUUAUUAUUACUGUUGUUGUUCUCAUCAUCAUUGUACAACAUUGUUCACCUGUGUCAGCCAUAUUUUUAGCACUGAUUCCACUUCAAUCCCUUUUGUGUCAUAUAAAACAUCACCAUGCAUCGUCUUAGACCAGAAACAUACUUUACACAAGUACACAAGCGUGAAUGCUUGGCUAAUGCAUCGCAAACGUACAGUUCAUUUGUACAUACAACAUAAUAUAAAUGUACAUUCUUACGUUACUGUAGCAGUAACAAACCUCGUCACUAGAGAUGAAUUAAUAAUCUUUUUGAUAUUUUUCAAAAAGCAGAAAUAAAUCCAUAUUUAAAAAUCAAUUGUCCUGCAUUUAUCAGACACUUAAACAUAAAAAUGAUCAUUAUCCGUUCUAAAAAAUUAUAUCAGUUAAUUUCUGCUCAGUACUCAAGGGGGCAAUAGCUAGCCUCACACGUCUGUGCCAUUAAAUCAGAUGUGUUAUUAUUUAGGUAGCUAGCUAUAAACAUGACAACUGUGAAAAGUUCACUAAAUAAAUUACUCUGUAAGAUUCUCUUCAAACUGUCAAUUCGCUAUGAAAGCUGUUGAUCUGAAUGAAAAAACUGACCGUAGAAGAUUGUUUAUCUUAAUGUCCGUCAUAGCGGUCCUUGUGGCAUUGCUAAAAAAUGCAAAUGGUGUACCAUAAACUAAGAUUUGGGACAUUUUCAUAUGCAAUGAAGAAAGAAAUCAAGCUUGCAUAGCUAGCACUUGUUUGCAUUCAUAUUUUUGCGUAGAGUAUGUUUUGGGUCAUAAACUUUUGAAACGAUCUGCAAUCACCCCAUAUGUGUAGAAGCAAAACGUUCACAGUUUACAAUUUAAUUUAUUAGCCAAUUAAUUUGUGCCAGUAAUCAACACUUGAUUUGCAUAAGUUAAUAGAUUUUUGACCAUACACUUCAAAGACCCAUCUUCUGUUUUCUCAACACACUUAGUGACUCUGUAGCCAAGAAAGAGCACUAACUAGAACAAAACAAAGUCUUUAACAAUAGCAAGAUGCUUUUAAGAGUUUAAACAGACAUUUACAGGUUUACGAGACUUUUACCCAGUCACUGCCUUUCACAGUCUUUCUCUUCGCAAGAUUUACAGCGCAACAUGGUGUCUGCGAAUUCAACUUUUCUGAUUGAAUGCUUUGGCGGUUGGCUGGAAGCAAGAUGGAAGAAUCUUGUACCUCCUUUCUAUGUAACUAGAUUGUAAAAUAAUGUACAGGUCAAUGGCGGUUUGAUAAUGACAUUGCCUAACACACGACACUCUUCACAACUUCUACUAUUGUAAAUCUGGCAAAUCUUUUUCAAAAUGCAGCUAAAUUUAAAAAAAAAAAAAAAAAAAACUUUGUUGUGAAGAAAUAUCUUUCUAUUUUAUGUGUGGUGUAUUUCUUUCUUGUGAUUAGAGGUGUUUGCUAAGGCACUUGAAGGAGGGACUUGAGUCCUAUCUAGACAGCAGAAUACUCAGUUGAGCACUAAAAACCAUUUAGAACAUUUUUGCUACUGCAUAUCAAUGCCUUGGCAACCACCCAGAACACCCUAGCAACUAAAUAGCACAUUAGAGGGGAAAAAAUGGGUUGUGAAUGUUGAUUUUUAUGUUCACUUUAAAAUCAUUAUCUUACUUUUCUCCAAAUGGUUCAUGUCGUCUUGGACUGAUAUACAGUAAGAACUUUUUGUCUACUGAGCAUGUGUCCGUGUGAACACCCACUCCAGUGUCAAUUUACUAUUCUAAACUCAGGAAGAAUUUAUACAGACUUAGCAGACAAGCCCCGACCAGCCCUCUGCCUGCAGAUAAUAUACAGAUAAACAACUCUCAC